AUGGGCUCCGCUACUGACUCGUGGAUCCCAUGUCCGCAUUGGCACGCCUCCCAUUUAAUACGCGCCGAUGACCUGCGCGCUCGCCGCCGGCUCGCCACCUCCCACCAGCGACGUGACGUCUACCCCACCCUCACACCCGACGGCACUCGCUCAGCUCAGCCAUGGACCGCACGCGCCACAAGAGCUCCCUCAGCUCCGAGCGCUUCAUCGGCUCCUUCCUCCCCUCCGCGGCCGCCGGCGACCAGACCGCCUCCGCGGCCUUCGAGCUCGACGAGGACGACCUCUUCGCCGCGGGAUCCGGCUCGCCCGAGCCUCCGCAGCCGGCGCGACGCCCGCUCAUCCUCUCAUCCAUCCGCACCGGAAACCCUAGACCCCUCCCCCGCCUCCGGCGCCCGCCGGAGGGCAUCCUUGACGCUCUCCCUGAGCGCCGCCGUUCGCCGCCUCUAUCCUCUUCGUCGGCGUCGUCUUCCUCGACCUCCUCCCCGGCUGCGGCCCCUCCUCGCAUGAUCCCCGCCGUGCCCCGCCCGGCGCCGGCGCCGCAUAUGCCGCAGUCUGCGCCAGUCAACGUCCCUGCGGCGCGGCUGCGGAAGCCGGCGGUGGUGGCGAUGAUGGAUGAAGCGGAGGAUGAGGACGACGAAGAGAUGCUGCCGCCGCACGAGAUGGUGGCGCGCGCUCGUGCGCGGGAGUCGCCGAUGACGACGUUCUCGAUGCUGGAGGGAGCCGGGCGCACGCUCAAGGGGCGGGACCUUCGUCAGGUACGCAAUGCUGUCUGGCGGCAGACUGGAUUCCUCGACUGAACCGUGCCAUUUGCACUGGCCAGUAGCCUUCGGUAGAUUUCAGUGAUUGGAUUUGUAUGUCUGGUUGCUAUGUACGUUAUUGAUGAUUGGAUGUUUAUUUUGGCUGCACCUGUAAAACUUGUCUGUUCUAUUACAUAUUACUUGUAAACUCUUGAUUUGAGCAGUUAAGUUGCCGAUAUUGGAAUAUUCGGUUGGCUUAA